UUCCUGUUCUCCAUUUCCCUUGCAUUUCGUCCGCAUUUUCCUGGUCAAUCGCUUGGUUUUGCUAUGCUCUCGUUGCUUCCUUCUUUACACGGCUUGUGAUAUUCUCCAAUUGCUAUCUUACCGAUCGACUAUUAGAUCAUCUUCUAUGGGGACGUGUCCAAGGACGCAGUAUAGUUCGAAUCCGCUCUCGACCGCUCGGCCUAGAAUCCUCCGAUCGCUCUAUUUGACGCCCUGCACGGGAAUAUCUUCCGAAAUCUGACCGGUCAAUCCCUGCGACGAUCCGCCCUGCUGCAAGUGGUGUUGCGUCUCUGUCCGUCAUGGCCGGUGCUCCGCAGCUUCCUCCCCGGUUUCCAUGCUGGUGUCGAGCCGUGUAUUCGUGGGGAGGUGAGACAAGACGGGACCUGGGGUUUGUGGAGGGUGAUUUGAUAGAGUGUAUGAAUGCCGGUGAUGGUCAGUGGUGGAUGGGCCGGUUACGGCGCGACAGGCGUAUGAUGGGUCUGUUCCCCUCCAACUUCGUCGAAGUGCUUGGAGAGGACUUUGUGCCCGUCACCCGCACCGAGAGUCCCAUGAUCCAAGCGACCGCAUCCCCAAUCACGAAUCCGACCUCCGCCCCAAAGAAGCAAAAGACCGUCUUUCGCAAGCCAUUCCAGGCUCACAGAGAAGCGGUGGCACCAUCGGGGCAAUUGAACCGCAAUGGGACCUCCCCCUCGUCCAUCAAGAGCGCGAUCCCGGAGACGCCCCCGCGUGAUGGCAGCUUGUCAAAGCGGGCGAAACCACUGCGCACGCCUACCAGCGCUGUGAAAAAUCAACACAACCUAUCCCGGCCCUCUUCUAAAUCACCGGUCUCGCGGGCGAUCUCCCCGAGACCACCCCAGGAACUCGAUAUGUCACACCCCAUGUUCACACCUCCGACGAUGCCGUCUUCCUAUACGGACUACCCUAGACCGACAUCUCGCCCAAGAUCCCCCCUCCUACCGCAGGAAGGCGAACUAGGACUACCCAUGAUUUCAACACCUCAGGCCGUCGCUUACGGCGGGCCUCCAUCCCACGCAGCCUCACCCUGUCCGCCCGAUGAGCCAGAACCUCUGCCACCGUCUGUUCCGAAGCAUCAAUCGUCUUUCAACCGGCCUUCAUCCCGCGAGAUCUCGCCCCUGCAACUCCAGGAACGCGAAGAGUCUCCGCCGCCGCCGCCUCCACCACCGCACCGGGUUGCAGUCAACCGCCAGCCGUCGAUGGAAAUGGGUGUCCCGCCGACUCCCACCGCCCAUGACCGUUAUGGGAAUCAGUCGAGGACCCCAUCCCCCGCUGCGCAUUCUGAUGCCCAGGGUAACACACCCUCGCCCCUGAGAGAUGCGAUGGAAGACGUGAUGUCCUCCCUUCAGGAUAUGGGCAUGCCCCGGGACGAAUCGCACUCGCCAUCAGCGCAACCAGUGUUCAACAACCCUUGGUCACCGGCUGCCUACGACGGCUUCCGUAGCACCCGUCCAGCGCAAGCUCCCGCUCGACCGUUGACCGCCACGGGAUUUGACAGUGAUAAGGGCCAUCAGUACGACGGUGCCCAACCACAUAGGAACAGUGUCUAUGCCCAUGAUCAGCUCGUAGAUGGUCCACCCCAGCUGAGCAACUAUGUUCAGAGGAUGGAGAGCCGCCUGCGUCAGAUGCAGGAACAGAAUCGGCGGGGUUCGGAGGAUGUACAAGCCUCCGAGGUCGAUGAGGAACCUCCUCCACCUCCAAUGAGGAACGUCCCUUACCACGGACGGCAUAACUCCAUUCCAGCCCAGUUCCCACAUCUGAGAGGAAGAAGGUCCGGGAACGAUCUCCGUGAGGACAUGUUGGAUCGAAGCUACACCACCAAGUCGAGCACGACGAAUUCCUCGAGUGGUGUGCAGAGCGUCAAUACCAACCUGACCACUAGCACGGAUAAGACCAGCCAGAGCAUGAUGAGCGGCCCAUCCGCCGGUGGGUUCAGUGCUACCAGUGCCGGCAGUUAUGCCAGACGCGGCGGGGGACUGGACGGGCGACCGAACACAGCUGUCGACACGGUUCGCUCUCGAGGCUUCAGCGAUGUCUCCCGGAUGCAACGACCGGAAACUCCACUCACAGGUGUCUCCUAUCAUUCCAGUCAUAAUUCCUCCCGGCAAGGCGCGUCGUCGGCCAUCCCGUGGUCGUCGACGGAGGCGGACCCCGAAGAGUCCGCGGGCGUGUUCGGUGGUCUAUCCACCCCCAAAGCCAAGAAACAUGGGUUCUUCAAAAAGAUCUUCGAGACCGCUAAGACAGGUGCCGCCAAUGCCCGCAGCAGCAUUACAGUCGGGCACACAGGUAGCUCUUACUCGCCUACAAAGGGCCGGCCGGUCACUCCCAUUCUCUCUUCACACUCAAAUCGAGGAGAUGCGGCACGGGAAAUGGGUCUCGGGGGCACUUCCAUCGACUGGGUGCAGGUACGACGGGAUGUGCACCGGGCUAGCUCCCCGAGCCGCAAUGAACGGGCCGAGCGGGCUGAACGGUGCCAGAUGAUGGAUAACCCCGUGAUUUACGCGGUGGAGGAGCUGCAUGAGACUGCGGAAGGCGACGAAAGCAUUGAUGGGCUCCCGAUUAGUGAACCAACUGACUUUGGAGCCGCCAAUCUGACACUUGUCGACAAGAGCGCGCGAUUUGUCAACAGUCUCCCCCCUAUGACGAAUCCGAUGAGUCUAGCUCAGGGUUAUAUCUGCCGGCCUUAUAAGAGCGAUGUUCAACGGCUUCGUGCCAUCUUCACAUGGGUCAGCGAAAAGGUCGCCUGGGACGAGCCUGUCGAGGAGAUCGGAGUCGACUUGAAACGUGUUGUACAGACGAGACGAGGAAGCCCGCAAGAGGUUGCGUUCCUGGUGCAAGAGAUGUGCACCUCGGUUGGUUUGCAUGCCGAUGUGGUCAAAGGGUAUCUCAAGCCGCCCGGUGAUCUGUUGGAGCUCGACAGCCUCUCGCGGGCGAACCACUGGUGGAAUUCGAUCCUGGUGGACGGUGAAUGGCGUUUCAUGGAUUGCUCUUUGGCGAGCCCAACGAACCCUCGACGGGACCAAUAUGUGACCAACCCACUUGCCACGGCCGAGACCUGGUACUUCCUUACGCGUCCGCUCGAGCUCUGUUAUACGCACGUUCCGCUGUCGCCUGAAGAUCAACACAUUUGCCCACCUAUCUCUCCUGACGUUCUGCUUGCCCUCCCCACCGCCUGUCCGCCUUACUUCAAGAUGAAUAUGCAAUUCCCCGACUAUGACACUAGUAUAGUACACAUCGACAACCUCGAGCUCGUGCAGUUCCGUUUGUUUGUCCCGCCCGAUGCAGAGUGCGCCGCCGAAGUUGAAUCACCCGCCUUUGCCCGUGAUGCCGACGGAGAUUACUUCGAAAGCGGGGAUGUCGUGCGCAAACGAGCACUGGUGCAGCCUGACUGGGUCAACGGCCAGAAACGCAUCACUGUCAAGGCCGUUCUUCCGGGAGACGAGGGACAAGGCAUGGUCAAGAUCUAUGCGGGGAAAAAGGGACUCAUGCAUUCCAACCGGGACAUUCCCCACCCUCUAGCACUCGCUCUCCCCAUCGUCCACUCCGGAGAGAACCCAGCCUACGACUUCGUGCUGCGUCAUCCCACCCCUCACGCCCAGCGCCACGACCUGUACAUAAUGCAGCCCCAGUGCGCUAAGCUCGCCGUCAACAAUACGUUCGUCUUCGCCGUCCGCCAGCACCCGUCAACACUUUCACUCUCGUCAAUCAGCAACGAGUCUGGUAUCGCCGGACGUGUCUCGCCAUCCAUGUUCGCUCGGCCGGCCAGCGCCCUCAGUAUGGUAUCCAGCUCCGCCGCGGGAUCGUCCGUGUCCGCCGUCUCCCACGAGUUCUCGGCUUCCACAUCAGCCAUCUCGUCCAAUCGAUCAGCAUCGGGCCGGGAGAAGCCCGCCAAGCUAGCGAUCCAAUCACCAUCAGGCAAGAUCCUUCGCCUGACCCGGAAGGCAGACCACAUGCUGGGGUCAGAUGUGGGCAAUGACGCGGACGGCAGCGUUUGGGAAACGGUGAUCAAGAUCGGCGAGCGCGGCGUGUGGCGAGGUCUUGUCCUAGCCGAUCGCGUUGCUCGAUGGUGUGUAUUUUGCGAAUGGGAAUGCUUUUAG